AUGGGAAUAUGGGGCAAGUCAGAACUGUUUCAGCUCUAUCUACGGAGAUUGUUCCUGACCAAGACACAGAUUGGUAUCGACUGGGCUGGCGUCGCCAUUGAGCGUGCCACAAACAUCAGUCUAAAUGAUUACAUACAGGCGAACAUCUGCCAACCACUGGGACUUCAGAACAUCAACAUGAUCCCAACGGCUUCAAUGAAAGCACAACUGGCUUACAUGCACUACAAAAAGCCAAACGGCGAGAUUGUUACUAGAGACCACCCCAUUCAUCGCCCGCUCAUUGCUCAAUCACAAGAAGAGAUCCGCGGAUGUUUCAACAGCGGUGGCGCCGGAAUCUUCGCGAAACCGCAAGAAUACAGCCGUAUACUGGCGGUUUUUCUGAACGAUGGAACAUGCCCUAUCACCAACGCCCAAAUCCUGAAAAAAGAGACGGUAGACGAAAUGUUUACCAACCAGAUAGCCAAUUUCCCUAAUUUCUCCAGACAAGGCGUUCAGGAUGCUAAGCCGGAGUUGACCAAUGAACUUCCCGAGCUUUACCCAGUUCCUGGCAACCCGCCACAAGGUUGGGGGCUAACGUUCAUGAUUACCGGUGGAACAACGGGACGGUCUGAUGGGACGGCCUGGUGGGCGGGACUGCCAAACCUGUUCUGGUGGUGUGACCGACAAAACGGGGUGGCUGGAAUUGUUUGCUCUCAGAUUCUGCCCUUUGGGGACCCAGCAGUGCUCGGAUUGUGGUCAGAGGUCGAAACUGCUGUCUACAAAGGGCUCAGAAUUCCAAACAAAGUAUGA